AUGGCAUCUGCGCUUGCAGCAUUAUGUCUCCGCGAAAUAUUUAAAUACCUUUUCGUAUCAGAAGGAGAAAAAUGCGAUAGCAACGAACGCAAGCAUAACAGACAGCGACUUAUACUGUUAAUUCCUUUAUCGUUCUUGUCUAUUUACGGGUCAUGUAUUACUACACAGCCUUCUCCUCAAAGCAAUAUUUAUAACCAGAUUUCUAUUCUUUUCGGCAAACUCGCAUCUACACUUGCAGUAUUGUGUCUCCGCGAAAUAUUUAAAAACUUUUGCGCAUCCGAAGUAGAAAAAUCCAAUAGUGAGGAACUCAAUUAUAAAAGACAACUUUUUCAUUUUGCUUUAGAGAAUCAUCAUUGGUGUCAUACAGCAAUUUCAUUGUUAUGGGAACGACUGUUUCCUUUGAUCUCAGAGAAAGCUGGUGCAAUGUUUAUUGCGACACUAUUAAAUUGCUUUGAUAAUAACAAACAAUUAUCGAGACCAUUGUUUCAAUAUAAUAUCUUUAUUAAGCAAUUCCUUUUGAAAGCUUUGUUAAAAGCAAUUUUCAGUUGGUCAAAAUUAAAAGGACAUUACAGUCAACAAGAAUCACAAAAAGAUGAUGUACUGGAAAGUUUCCUUGGAACAUUUAAAGCGAUUUGCUUUAAUUGGUCAAAAUCAAAAAAAUAUUACUUUCAAAAAGAAUUGCAAAAAAAUAAUUUACUAGAAUGUCUUCUUGAUUUCAUUGAUAGUACAGAAAAUACAUUCUUUGAAAUAGAACUAGACAUCCUUAAGUAUAUAAAGAAUUUCAAUUAUAAUGUAUCCCAAAUACCGAAUUCCAAAGCUUCAUUAGAACAAUUCUAA